AUUGGUGCGCACCCAAACAAGCCAGUCCAACAUGGCGUCGUUGUCUUCACCUCUACGCCUUUGCCGGGGGAUCCUGAGGGAGAUACGAGCGAUUAAAGGGCCGGAAUACAAACAAUCUUUGGCAUACAAUUAUGUUUUAGAUCAAUUCCGUAAAAACCAGAUCACUGGGGAGAGAUAUUGUCGUGCUCAGGAGGAGGCCCUCCAUGCUUCGCACAGCUACCUCUGUCUGCUCACCUCCACCCGGCAACACAUUGCUCUCUAUGACAUGUACCAUGGAAAAGGGCAGCGUGACACAGAGGAGAUGGCAGGAAUUGUGGGGCUCAGGCUGCCCACCCAGCCUGGAGGGAAGGGGUGGGAGAAGUGAGAGAAGGGAUGGGAGAAGACUCUCGUACAACAUCAGAGGGUUGUAAUCAUCACGCUGGACCUAAUGCUAUUUUGAUCUUUUACAAAACAGAGGAAGAGAUGAAGGCUGCAACGAACAAGGACUGUGAAUUGUGAUUAUACAAGGGAGGAUCAAAGCUAUUAGAAAUGUGAUUCCCAGCUUUCCCCACCACUUCUCACUUUGUCUGUCUUGAGACAAUGGCUGUAAUUUAAAAUCUUUGUAAAUACAAUGGGACAAAUUCUGCCAAUUAAAGUAUUAAUCACUUUUAUCAGGUCACCAUGACAUCGCACUUUUCUUGCAAUGUGUAUGCUGCUAAUUAUCUGCUAAUAAAACACAACCAAUUAAAUAAUUAUAUCCCUUUUAACCUCAAUUCAGUAAGGUUUACUUGGAGCAACGUAUGAUGUUCAGGUAAAGCACUAAUACUCGGCAGAUAAAACCGAUGCUAAUGAACUCAGUCGUAUGUAUAUUUUAAAGGACAUCAGGCAAUUAAAAUUUCUGGUUAAUUAAAAGAUUAAGCAUUACAAAGAGGGUAUGAUAAAUCAGAUGGAUGGAUCAUUGCGUGGCCUUUGAUAUUUUAAAUGUUUUGUUCUUCACUGCCCUUUUGCCAGUGGUUUAAACCGUGUGAAGACCAGCCAACAGUGAAAUAAAGGAAAGGUCUUAGAUAAUGCUAGGGCAUGCAACAUAAGAGAAGUAUAACAAUAUGCAUUAUUUUGUCUCAUGUGGGCGUUUUAUAAGAGUAUUACCAGCACAAUGGAAAACAGCAGAUAUGAGUUGUAUUGCUUUGUACUGGCAGAUUAAUUUGUUUCAUUGUGUCCAUGGCAACUGGCAUUUCUACCAACUCCACUACAUUUUUCUCUGCAGUCUUUUGCCAUUUUUUUUAUACGAGUAACCUGUAUUAGCUUCUGGGAACUGUUUUUUUCGUUCUUUGCCCUUUGCUGCUAUGUGUUUAUCCUGGAUUAUUGUUAAAAAAGAAAGCCUCGUCGUUAAUUGGACUUCAUUCUCUUCUAUUCAUCCCAUUUUCUUAGUUAAAUCUGUGUAUCUGCGUAACUCUCCCCAUUCCAUUUGUUACACGGUGACUAAGAUUGUCUUCUGUGUGGGUUUAAAUAGAUUGACCCUAGAGCUACGCAGCACACUGUGACACAUCGGGACAAGAAAUAUGCUUGCACAUGCGCGGCAGCACCCACCGUCCACAUGCAUGCAGUGGGAAUGUAAUGCAUAGUGGCACACCAACAGAUAGCGUCAAAUUAUAUUGUUAUAAAGUCGCAAAAUAACACGCGUCUCUACACCCCACUCCUGCAUUCAUACCAAGACAUGGAAUUACUUUGACACACAGCUGGCGGGAGAGAACAUAAUGUUGCACAAGCGUGUCACUGCUAUGUGUAUGUUUUGAGGUGGUAUGUGAAAAGCGAAUGACAGGUUCUCAUUUCAAUCACGAUUCUGUAUUACUAAAUACAGUAGGCUACACCGCUGCAUUAAGUAUUCAGUGUAUGAAUGUUUAAUGCGAGUAUAAUCUUACGCAGUGGAGAAAUAAAUACAAAUGAUAAACUAGACACUAGACCAUGUUACCGCCUGCAAUAAUGUGCAUGGUAAUAGGUGGGAAUCAUUCAUGUAAAGUGAAUGAAAAGUAGGCUAGAUAUUAAGUGGAAAUGGUUAAGAAGAAAAGAGUGGAGGCGGGGUAGGGAGGGCGGAGACAGUUGUUUAUAUUCGUGUGUCUGUAACUCGUCAACUCUUCUAGUGAGCUAGAAGCAAGAUUCACUAUUUCAACCUAGUUGCACUACUAGGUAACAAUAUUAUAUAAAUACGCGAAUAGAUAUAGGUUCUGAUUUGACUUAUCCAAUAAGGCCGAGGAUCAAGGAAAGGAGUGUACAACAUAUUUUAAGUGAAUCUCAUGUGAAUUUAAAAGUUGGACAACAAUAAGAAGGUAGGCUGUUUCACAUUGGAAACAGGCGGAAAGCAUUACAUAGUAUAAAGGCACAACGCGCGCAGCAGAGUGGUGACCUGGCCAGAGCGCGAUGUUUGGAAUGAUAAAGAAUUCAAUUUUCGGGAACACGGAAGAAACGGACUACAAAUUGCUCAGCAGCGAGACCAAGGACGGGGUCAGCUACGAGGUGCGGAGGUACGAUGGUGCAAAGUAUGCCUCAGUGAGCUCAGAGGGGCGGACCUUUGACCAGGUGACGGGGGAGCUAGUGAGGAAGCUUCUCAUGUACAUUGGGGGAAGCAACGACCAAGGGGGGGCAAUGGGGACGACAGCACCGGUUAUCAUCACAGUAUAUCCCAGGGACGAUGGUGUGAUGUCACGCCGUUUGGUGGUUAGCCUCAGGAUUCCCACCAACUACCAAGUCAGUCCCCCUGUGCCCAUCGACAGUGCCAUCAGAAUCGAGGAUCGACCCGGCAUGACUGUCUACUCACUGUGGGGUCUCCAUGCAGUCUUCACCUCACUUUGUUCUUUAAUUCUUUACGAUAAUUGUUUUAUUUAAUAUUCAUAUUCAAUGAUUUGAUCACAUAUCCUCUUUAUCUCUCCUUUCCUAUCCACCUGCCCUUGCUUUUCACAGGCAGUUUGGAGGCUUCGCAGGGGAGACUGAGUACCGAGCAGAGGCCUCUCGCCUAACCAAAACUCUUGGUGAGACUGCCCCAUUUCAGAGGAAACAGUACUUCUGCUGCACCUACGACCCACCAAUGAAACCCUACGGCCGACGCAACGAGGUGUGGUUCCUACAGGAGGAGCCAUAAGGGAAGCAUUAAGACCGACUCUUAAUAAUAACCUAUAGUCACUUCCUCUCCUUCGUCUUCACUGAUCACUCCACAUCUGGAUCUUUAUCCCCAAAAAAUAGGAUAUGUGAACAUAAUAUGGCAACAACAGGGAUUUGUUUUCAAAUCAGUGCAAAUGAAGGAGGUGAUGCAAAGAAGUGUAUUAGACUAUUGAAAGGUCAUAAAGGGGAGGGAUGGGCAGCGGGCUACAUAGUUACUGGUCCAAAGUAGUGCAAUGGUACGGUACCAUUAUCAGGAAGUGGAUAUUAAGUGGCCUGGGGUAGGAGCCACUAACCACAAAGUACCGCUGUGUGUUAUAGGUGGUACAUCAUUAAGUUCUUAAUUUUGUACACCCAGGGUUUGACACUCCCCUUAAAAUAUGCUUCAUAGUGCUGGGAAGAAAAGCACAUUAAAUCAGGCUGUACACAUAUCACAAUUCAGCAGUCUAAUUAAAUGAUGCCUCACUUCACACACACCAUAAAAACAAAAUGACAGUUAAGUAUUCAAUAAGUAAAUAAAGUUUUAAAAAGCACAAUUCCUUUUCCCAAGGGAGGGGAUUGGAAAUAAACUAGGAAUUGAGCCAUAGAGUAGUGAUAGUCAAAUGUUUUCCUGAGUAUGAAUUAGUUGGUGGGGAGGGUAUGAAGGAGAAAUAUAUUAGUCAUUCCUUAAGUGUUAUCAUUUGAGAUGUCUAAUCCUUCUGUGAUGAUGACAUGAAAACUUUAAGACAGCAGUUGUGUGUAGUGAAUGUUUUGGCAUGCUUGUAUUUGGAGUCUUUGAAUUGUAAUGUUAUGAUUCUUGAAACUGUAUUUUGAAAUAUCUCUGUAUAGUGUGUGAUUUUCUGUGAAAAUAUGGAGUGAUGAUAUCGUCAGGAUUUGAUAGCGUUUUAUAUCAUAAUAUGUUAUUCAAGAUAUUACUAAUACGAUUUUUUGUGCAAUACUGACAUUUCCUUUUUUUUUGUUCUAUACAAACAAAAUAAUGCUUAAAAUACUGGCACACCACUGUUUUGGAUAAGUUUUACAUAAACAUUUAUUUAUUAUUAGAUUUUGAAUCAAUAUAAAGAACUCAAAAUAAGGAGUAUGGUUUACAAACAAAAUAUUUCAGACAUUUGAUUAAUUUAAGCAGAUAAUUAAAACCAACCAAACCUCUAACCUAAAACUAGUACAAAAAUGUCCUCUCUAUGCACUCUGAGAAAAUAGCAAUUAUAUGGUCUGUUAGUCACUACAACUCAGUUUAAUCAGGAAUAAAUGAGUGGUUUUCACAGGUUAAUUCGUCACAACUGCAAGAAAGCACUGUGUAGCGGGCUAGCGGCUAAAUAAAUACAUGGCCUAGUAACCCAACACUUGUGUAAUUGCACAGAGUAGGGUUUUGGUUUCAGCCGGGCUUUGCAUUCAUCAAUACAAUAUACAGGGUUCGACUAGGACAUGGGUUAUUCAUGUUGACCAGUUAUCAUCUCUAGGCUGAACACAAGUUAUUUGUGAGAUCUAAGAACAUUGCACAUUACCAAUAACCUCACAUAUGUAGCGGUACAUGUCAGUGCUCCAUCCAAUUGCCAUAUUCAAACAACAUGCACUUCCUUCCUUCCUUC